UAGAACUCGAAAUCCUCCUCUUCAGGAACCUCCUCCUUGUAAAGGGCAGAUUUAGUGUCCUGCUGAGUUAGACAAGGGAGAUGCUGGACUUCCCUUUGCUUUGGACAUUCAAACAAAUGGCAGCAACAAUCUCCAUAUAUCCUUCACAUUUGAGUUGAUUUUAGCCAAACUUUGAGGCGUGGAAGACGAUAAACUCCUCCAGAGCUCAUAAAUCCGGGCGAGUAGGGAGAAAAGAGAGAGAUCCUGUUACUCCCACAGCAGGAGCCCUGUUAGACACCGGCCAGCCCCGCUGGAGACCCUGGAGAUGUGAGGAGGAAGCUGAUGAGGUUUUCUCUGGGCAGCUGGAAGUUGCCUCAUGGUCAAAGGUCCUGCUUCUCCUGGGGAGCUUCAACCAUCCUGAUUUGUUGGAGAGACGGACAGCACAGCCUGGCACAGACUGGAAGUCCAGGAAGUUCCUGCAGUUCAUUGAAAAUAACUUUUUGAUACAAGUGGUGGAGGAGCCAAGGAGGAGAGUCUUCAAGCUGUUGGGUGUUCCUUGCUUUUGGGAGGUGCUUUAAAUCUGACUGCCAGAGCCGUGGGCUGCUGAGAGCAGAAGCUGCCUGCACGAUGCUGAGCUCAGGUCUCCUUUCUGUCCUCCUGGUGCUCUCAGUGCUGGAACUGAGCUGGUGCCUGAGUGAUGAAGAAAAGAAGAUCAUCUUGGAUGAGCAUAAUAAAUAUCGCUCCCAGGUCUCUCCUCCUGCCAAGGCUAUGAUGAAGAUGACCUGGGACAAGGAGCUGGAGGCUCUUGCUCAAUCCUAUGCAGAGAAGUGCAUCUGGGACCACAACAAGGAGAGAGGCCGACGGGGAGAAAACCUCUUUGCUAUGGCCCCAACCCUGGAACUAGAAUUCGCCGUGGAAGACUGGAACGGGGAGGAGAAAUUCUACAACUUGACAACAUCCACGUGUGUCCCCGGGCAGAUGUGUGGCCACUACACCCAGGUGGUCUGGUCAAACACGCAUCAGAUCGGCUGCGGGGCACAUUUUUGUGAGAAGAUUGAUGGAAUUGAAACAGAGAACAUGCACCUGCUUGUUUGCAACUAUUAUCCUCCGGGUAACGUGAAAGGCAAAAAGCCCUACAUGGAAGGACCCUCGUGUGAAAUGUGCCCCAAGGACACAGUCUGUGUGAACAACCUGUGUGCAGGUGCCCUGGACACAGAAGAGCAGGAGACAAACUCGGACCAGACAAAUGUGGAUCCACCCAAAGGAGGAGCCCCCAGUACCUGCUCGGGCUUUUCACUCUUCCUCCUCCCCAGUGCCAUCCUGCUGGGCCUUCUGCUCUGAAGGGUCUUCCUCAGCUGUCCCUGCACCCCUCAGCAAGGCUUUGGUCAGGGCUGGUUGUUCCACAGCCCUGGUGGGCUCAGGAGGCUCCUUGGACAUUCACACGCUCCCUCCUUACGCUGCCUUCUCUGCUGCAGCCCCAGAGAGCCAAGGCUGAUGCUGGGGGAACCUUGUCCCCUUCCUGAGGAGACCUGAGGGCAGGAGGGUGUUUGCCAUAAUGCUGGUGACCUUGGACGCUUCUCCUUUUUCCUGGCUUUUGUUCUAUUUCCAGGCUGGAAGUGUUGAGCUCUCCCACCCAUCUGCCCGUGUGGCUGGCAGGCCCUGCCACAGCCUGACCCUGGGGACAGCAGGGUGACUUGGGGACAAUGAGACAUGGUGGUUGGCUUUGGUGUUUGUAGAUGAAACACGGUGGUUGACUUUGGUGGUUUUUUCCAGCAAAAAUGCUCUUUUCCUUCCCAGUGUGUCUGGCUCAGUUUUGGACAAGUUUUACCUCUUUCCCUUCUUGUCCAAAUAGAGUGGCUUUUUGAGGAUUUCUGUUUCCUCCUGGUUCUGGUGGAGCUCUGGCCAGUACUGCCCAGCUGUUCACCCCUCUCCUCUUCACCCUCUGCAGCCCUUGCCUCCUCCCAAGCCACAGAUUUAUUUUACGCCUGUGCCUGCACCUGUGUGCACCACAGAGAGAAACCUUCAGAGCUGAGAGAGGCCACCAGCUCCUUCACGUAGCUUUUCCCUGCAUGGCUUCAUUCUUUGCAGAAUUGCAGUGUAUUUGCAUUUAGAUACAGAUUCCUCUUGACGUGUAACUUGUGUGUGUGUGUGUGGUCAAGGAGAACAAGUCCCCACUUGUGUUGGUACAGUCUGAGCUCCAGAGGUACAAGUGACAUUGUCAGAGGUUAUUGGUGGCUCCUGGGCCCAUUGCAGGACCACUGGCAUUGUCUGGGCCACUGUGUUUUGUUACCCUACAUCUCUCCUCCCUUCACCUGAGGAUUCCCAGUCAGAUGUGUUAAAUAUGUGCCAAGCUUUGCAGACAGGUGGAAGGAAGGUAACAGGGAGAUGCAGCCCCUUCUCUGGACAUUGCAACCUUUCAUUUCUUACAGAUGAGGUGGAGGAUGACCUGAGGGCCAUUAUUCAGAUCCCCCACUGCUGCUCUGUCCUGUGCAUCCCCAGAGCAUGCACUGAAUAAAUCCUCUUGUGAAAG